AACUGUAUGCAAAAAAACCAUUAACAUUUCAACCAGAACAUGUACCACUGAAUGUAAAUAGAAAUUUGUAUAACUUGUGAAAACACACAUCAGUGCGUGCACGCGCACACACACACACACACACACACACACACACACACACACACAUAGGUUGCUUCUCAGGCACAGUAGCAGCUGCAGAGCAUUUUUUCCAGCCUGUACUUUGUCAGGACCAGCCAACCAGUUAGUUCACUGGGAGAAAAAGUAGACAACUCUUGUGCUUUUUGGAGUGGCAUCUGAUCCUGCCUUCAUCAUAACCAAAGCCCCUCAGAAACAUGGCGGAGGAAAUGUCAGACCCAACAGAGGAACUCCCCAACAAGCCCUUCACGGCCCAGUUGUCCCAUGUUUACCUCAGCAUCUUGGCACUGUUCUGCUUUAAGCUCUUUGUUAAGAUUUCUCUCAACUUGCUGGCAUACUUCUACAUUGUCCGUGGGAACCGUAAAGAGGCUGCCAGGAUAUCAGCAGAGUUCUAUGAUUAUGGUCAACAACACAGAUCCUGGGCAGAUCGCUCCCCCCUACAUGAUGCUGCGAGUCAGGGCCGCCUCCUGGCUCUGAGGACCCUCAUUUUGCAGGGUCACAGUGUAAAUGUUCUGACUAUAGACCAUGUGACACCCCUUCAUGAGGCCUGUGCUGGAGACCACGUCGCUUGUGCCAGAGCUCUCAUUGAUGCAGGAGCAAAUGUCAAUGCUUUUACAAUUGAUGGAGUCACACCUCUGUACAACGCCUGUACCGUGGGCAGUGUUGCAUGCACUGAAAUUCUUUUGGAAAAUGGAGCAAAACCCCAGAGCCAUGUAUACCAUCCCUCACCAAUCCAUGAAGCUACAAGCAAAGGUCAUUACGGUUGUGUGGAGGCUCUGGUGACUUGGGGGGCAGAUGUGGACAUGGACAUUCCUCACCUGGGUACAGCGCUCUAUACAGCCUGCGUCUGCCAAGAGCUGGAGUGUGCCAGGAAACUCCUGAGGGAAGGUGCAAAUGUACAGAAAGGCAAAUCCCUGGAUUCACCCUUACAUGCAGCUGCAGAAAAAGACUGCACAGCUGUAGUGAAGCUGCUGCUGGACUUUGGUGCAGACAUUAAUGCCCGGAACACAGAGUUUCAGAGGCCAGUAGAUGUGGCUCCACCCAGCAGUCUAACAGAGGGCUUCCUACUGCUAUAUGAAGCUACACCACGACUGCUGAGUCAGGUGUGUCGUCAGUGCAUCAGGAACUCCGUCGGCCGUGACAGACUCCAUCUUCUUCCCACCUUCCCCCUGCCCAACAGGCUCAGGAACUACCUGCAGUACCAAUGACAGACAGAACAACUAAACUGUCUUCCUUAAUGGGACUUACAUAGAAAAGCACUUGACACAAAAAGCAAAUCAACUUCAUGAACUCUUCCUACUUUUAAUUUUAGCUACCAGUCACUGCAGUGAAAUUAGUCACAGAAUUCACCUGAGUAGUUGACCUAGAUGAGGGUUUCUAAAAGAGCUUGCAGAUGUAGUUUUCCCUAGAUAAAUUACGGUAACAAAAUAUAACAAAUUAAAUAUUAUUUGCAAUUCAUGUUUGCAGUAUUUAGAAGUUUCCUUAAUAGUUGUAAUAACCUUACAUAAUACUAACAUCAUAAAUGCACAAUGAAUGAACGUGAAUGAGUAUUCAUAGUUUUGCAUUUGAUAUACAAUGCUUAGCACACUAGAUGAUUAAAAGUGUUUUAAAACCUG